AUGGGCUGCAGCGUCACUGACACGGUCCACGGCGACAUUGAUCCGACGCGCAUGCCUGUCAACGACCGCGGCGAGACCAAGAAGGUGGUCGAUGAAGUGGGCUGGCUGCGCUCGGGCGACAUUGGCGUCUGGAUGUUUCAUGGCCGCCUCAAGAGUGCCCACCGCAAGACGAACAUCUUCAAGCGCUUGCAGGCGUGA